AGAAACCGAACCUGACGUCACUUCCGCUCCUGCCAUUUUGCUGCUGAGGGUCGCCUUUCCAUUGUGGCAGCUGAUCGAGGGCGGUAGCGCUUAUGUAUUAAACGUAGAUGAGAAUAUAAUUUGUAAGGAAGACUAUAGUUUGAACACGGCAGAUAACGCAGGAUGUCGGAUUUCGACAGCAACCCAUUUGCAGACCCGGACUUUAGCAAUCCGUUCCAGGAUCCCUCAGUGACUCAAGUAACACGGAAUGUCCCCCAGAGUUUGGAAGAAUACAACCCUUUCACAGAUGCCAGAACGGCCCCUCCAAGCACAGCCCCAAGAGUGCCGCCGACAGCGAGCACGCAGCCUGCCAUCAUGAAGCCGACAGAGGAGCCUCCCGCCUACUCCCAGCAACAACAGUCACAGGAUCAGGCCCGCGCUCAGGCUGAGCUGCUGCGGAGGCAGGAAGAGCUGGAGAAGAAGGCAGCCGAACUGGACCGGCGGGAGAGGGAGAUGCAGUCCCUCAGUGCCUCAGGAAGGAAAAACAACUGGCCUCCUCUUCCAGAGAACUUUCCUGUUGGCCCCUGUUUUUACCAUGAUAUUGCUGUAGACAUACCUGUAGAGUUUCAAAAGACCGUCAAGAUAAUGUACUACCUAUGGAUGUUCCACACGGCGACGCUGUUUGUGAACAUCUUUGGCUGCCUGGCCUGGUUCUGCGUGGACAGCACACGGGGAGUGGACUUUGGCCUGUCAAUGCUCUGGUUCAUGCUCUUCAUGCCCUGCUCCUUUGUCUGCUGGUACAGGCCGCUGUACGGAGCCUUCAGGAGUGACAGUUCCUUCAGGUUCUUUGUGUUCUUCUUUGUAUAUAUCUGCCAGUUCGGCGUCCAUGUGCUGCAGGCCAUCGGCAUUACAGGCUGGGGAGCGAGUGGCUGGAUCUCAGCCCUCACAGGUCUGAACAAAAGCAUCCCUGUGGGCAUCAUGAUGAUCCUCAUCGCAGCACUUUUCACUGCCUCCGCCGUUGUUUCACUGAUCAUGUUUAAAAAGGUCCACGGUCUAUACCGUACCACUGGUGCCAGCUUUGAGAAGGCGCAGCAGGAGUUUGCCACGGGCGUCAUGGCUAACAAGACCGUGCAGACGGCAGCUGCCAACGCUGCUUCCAGUGCGGCCCGGGGGGCGUUCAAGGGAGGUCAGAUCUGAGUGACCUCAGGAUCUCUGCUGCAAUCUCCCUAGACCUCGGUGAGCAGACCCACACCACACCAACCCAGGCUGUGUGGAGACUUCACUGAACCCUAACGCUUAAUAAACACUCCCUUUUGAAGGGGAGGAACAACUCUGAUCCCACCCCUUCCAUGUCAUUCAGCAUGUCUUUAUGAUCGAGCCCCAAUAUUUUCAAACUUGGUAAAUGAGCUAAGAAAACUAAGCGCAAAAGCUUGUCACUUUGAGUCACAUCUGUAGUGGUCCUAAUUAGUAUUUUCAGCCCCAGUUGGUUAUAACAUGACUAGUGUUGGUCUGUGGAGGGAGCUGGUUUACCUUGCCAUACUGGAAGGAUAUCAGUGUGUGUUUAUAAACUCUGAAGGUUUUUUUUUUUUUUUUUUACCAUUUCAUUCAUCCUAGUACAUUUCAAAAAUCUCAAAUGGCUAUAGGACCUGGAUGGAAAAUCAGGCCACUUUAAUGUUAAUGUUGACCCGUCGGCUGACUAGUUUACCAGGCUUUGCGUAAAUUGCAUCAGAAUGGCUUGAUAAACUAAAAUGUAAAGAGAACUGCAGGUUGAGUCAGCCCUUCUGCUUGUCCUUCAAGCCUCUCAGAGCUGGACUUGCUUCUGCUUGUGGGCAUGCUGGGUAAUCCCAUAAUGCUGUUUGUGUGUGUGUGUUUGUGUGUUUGUGUGUGUGUGUGUGUGUGUGUCAGUGUUCCCACCGCAAUGUAGAAGUUGGAGCAGGCAUAGGGAAGGCAGAUGGCAUCCUGCAUCAUGUUUUGUGCCACCAUUUCUCAUCCUUUUUUUUUUUUUGUAAUUUUUUAAAAUGUUAGCCAAAUGUUUAGCAUUAACCUAAUGUUUACAUGACAGAUGUCUGUUACGGGAGUAGCUAAUAAGGCUAAUAUAUUAUAAUGGAGAGACUCAUUCUGACGUUCUGUGACGGUGGCCCAGUCGCUGCAGCCUGGCCUAUUCUGUAACGUGCUUUACUUCCAUUGCACAGCUGCCCUCUUGCCAAGGCAAUGUUGAAUUUGUUUGCUGGCUGAAAAGUUAUUGCUGGUUCUCGCUGCGCUUGUCAGGCACUUGCCUCCCUGCUAACAGCCCCUGGUUGAUCAGGUCUUAUUUCUGCAAAUAAAUGAGAACAGUCAGAUUUAAUUGCAGAAGUAUAGUAGUCUGCUUCUUAGAGGUGAACAUUUCUGUGGUGCGUUUAUUAAAAACACAAGCCCCCCCCCCCCCUUUUUUUGGUUAUGGCAAACACACAUUGCUUCAGAAUCCAAAGCUCAUGCGUUAAGGCUGCAUCAGAAAAACAAUUGUGCUGUUUGUUGAUCAAGUUUGCAGGACCACACUUCACGGGAGUCCCUCUACAUCGGCACCUACUGGCUACAUCAUGGUCAUUGUUGGAGUAAUUUUAAUUGGCUGAAAUGGUGUGCAUGUUUAUGUAAGAAUACUCUUUCUUCCAGGAAUAAUGCCCCACCUAAUGCAAGUAAGAGCAUAAUAUGUUUAUUGGUAUAUUAAAAAUCAUUAUGGCUUUAGUCUAUUUGCAAAACAGAACCCAUUUAUUGUAGUAACCGGUCCUAGAUUUGAAAGAGUGGUUCAAAGUGAAGCGAUUUCCCUCUCAAUAUACUGCUUUAGCUGUGAUAGUUCCCUUCAGAUGGCCCCCUGAUGGGAAGACCCUGUAAAUAUUUGUGUGGUGCUUCCUCUGCAGUCUUUCUGAAACCCACAAUUCACUAUUUGAAAUCCUGUGUGCUCUGAUGUGCCAGAUGCUUUUGUGUCGAUGCAUUUCAUUGGCUAAAAGGAUUUCUAAGGAUCUAGGAUCCUAAAGUCAUAGUCUGGCUGGGUUCUAGUGAUCAUCCACCCACUGACACCUGUCAUAUGGCUUAGUGUCUGUGUACUUGGGAAUAGGCAUUGUUCAUCAUAUUCUACAUGUCUAACCAGUGGGUGAGAGUGUUAUUUGGUUCUAUGCACACCUGUGCCCAAAUAUAAAGUUUGUACUGAUUGCAUUAAUGAAAUAAAACGCCAGCCUUUUCAUAAUGAACAAAAAUUCAAAGGUAUUUAAAACCAGGAAUGCUCAGGACAUGUAAAUUAAAUGCAUGAGAAAAUGUCUAACAUAGUCCCCUGAACUAGGGUGAUCUGCACGAUUGAAUAAAUAUUCACCGCCAAGUUUUUAAAAAAAGGUCUCAGAAGUGAUAUUAUGACUGCUGUCCAAACUGCUAAACGUUUUCACUGGGCAGUGAAAUCAAAUGUCAGGAGUGUUUGGUUUAUUUAAUUUAUUUAAGGGUAGGUAAAUAUUUCAUGGCUGACAUAUGGGGGGGGGGGGGAAUAGAACUCAGUAUAGCCAUUUCAUGCUGUUUUGUAUGUGUUUUUUUUUAUUUUUUUAAUUAGUAUUUGGUAACUUGAUUAACUGGGCAAUGGGGGAGGCUAAGAUUAUUUUUAACUCAGUAUUUUUGCUUGUUUUUCAUUUUUUCCUUCUGUCUGCCACAUAUGCCCAGCUCCCCCAGGAUCUUACCUGUAGGGCAGCAACUUAAUAUCUUAAUAUACCUUAAUAUCCAGAUCCUCUGGCUGUCAUUGUGAUUACAGUAGAGUUUCUGAAAGUCAUGCGGAUGUGGUCAUUGUUAGAACAGAGGCUUGGUAUAUGGUGUCAUUAACUCACUUAAGUGUGAGAAUUUAAAUUAAAUAUUCUUCAAAAAUGAAUUACAACGUGAACCUGCCUGGGUCACCACAUUUUCAGCUCUGUAAACUGCAGAAGCUCCCCUCCACAUUAGUGAUUAUUUUACAGAUUUCUCUGUCCUCAAUUUCUCUGCUUGUCUGUCUGCUAUACUGCAGUAAAUCUUGUUUAAAAAAUUCCAACAAUGUACAUUGAUGUUCCUUUUGCCCCACAUUUUUUAUAAUUGCUCAUUUGAAAAUUUAACUGGAAAUUCCAUUCUGUGUGAGGAUUUCUUUUCUUUCUCAUCAUUGCUUCUAGUUUUACUUAAUUUUAACUAAUAAUGUGUGUAGUGGAACAGCACUGAAAGUACCAAUGGUUGUAAUGCAGAUUAUGGUGUUGUCAUUUACCAGUGGACUAAGGGAUGUUUGUAUAUUUUGUAAAUUUGGCAGUGUCCUGUACAAAUGCACUCUUGUCUCUUUCCCUCUUGCAUGUUGAGUAGUUUAAGUUUUGUAUAUGUAUUUAACACUAAAUAAAAUGCAACUACUUCACUCAAAAAAGUACCAUUUAUUUUUCCAAUGCAGACAUGGGUCUUGAUCUUCCUUUCAACACAGAUGCCAGUUUGCAUACAUAAGUGAGAACUGUAGUCUCACAUUCCACAGUUUACUCUUUUGCCCUGUUUUUUUUUUUUUUUUUUAAGUGUAGAAGUUGUGUGGUUACUGUUGCCCGUGAGUGCUUCUGUGUACUUUCGAUUUAUUUGUGGAAGUAUAUUAGAGUACCUCCCUCCUUAGUUAUAGGACAUGAAAGCAAAAUAAAGAUGACGACUGUUAAAUUGACGCUCUAACCAAGCUAAUAUGGGGUUCCUGAGGUAUUUAUGGGUGCAAUGUUUGGGUGGCUUCAAAAAUGUUCCUUUUGAAACUGCGUCUGUAAAUAUCAAGCUUCUGUUCACUCUGUUCAUAGUGAAACAGGAAGGUAGAAACACUAAAAGAUUUCAGUUUAUCUAGGUUAUUGUUGUCACACAGUCUCUCCUGGGUUUUGUUACCUAUAAGUUUUACAUAAACUUGUGUGUAACCUAGAUAUGGUAACCUAUAGCUCAUACAGGAAGACUUAUGGGUGAACGUGUGUAUUAAUUUGACUUGAUCCAUUUGUAUUUAAAAAUUCAAUAAAAUUAUAUAAAAUCAUUUAAAUUGGUUACUGAAGAGCAUUGACCUAAUAAUGUACUUAAUUGGACUUGUGGAUCUAUAAUUACACAUUAAGAGCCAAUGUGUAUUUGUAAAGCCUUCUUACCAGGAAAAAAAGCUUAAAAAUGUCAAGCUAAACAAUUGUCUGAAUUUAAUGAGCAGCAAUGAAUCGUAAAGUUAUUUAGCUGGAACAAAAACCACCAUCUAUAAUGAUCUCCCAGGGCAAAGUUUGUGAACUAAUCAGAAAAGGGAAACGGAAGCUCCACCAUCAGUAGCCAGUAGAGGGCAAUGUGUCCCUGGAAAAAUACAGAUUUUUUUUUUUUGGAAUUUUUCAUUUAUACAGGUUGGUGUUGCUAAGUACCACUGUUUUGUAUUCAUUGUAGUCAUUUAUUCCUUUGCUUUACAUAUGCAUUUGAGAAAAGUCCUUGUUUGGUCAAAAUAAACCACCACCAUAACCA